UUGCAGUCGCCAAUUUUUUCUUUCACUUGCCAAACUUAGAUAAACAUAAUGACUUGAACUUCCUAUGGAAUAAUUGAUCACGUCUGCAGAAGUUUACAUUUCCAAAACGCUCGCAAACGUUGGCCCAAGUUCUUGAGAUAACUUUCGUUUUAUCGAUAAAUCAAUCUCCUCAGGUCGUUUAUUAGAAUAACUGGUUUAUAGAACGUUUCCUCGUAGUGUUGAAAUGGUGAAGCCCUUUUACAAGCCGUUGGACAGACCAGAAAACGAAGAAAUAUGGUAUUGUUACUAUGUUCCGAGUAAAAGAAAGGAAAGGAAAGACUCAAAACCAGUACAGCGAAUUCCUAUUUCACAAGUACCAGAUUUAACAAAGGAGGCGCCAAAGGAAAGCACAGAAUUGAAAGAGAAGAAGAAAUUCAUUCGCAUUCUAGAGACCGACUCUAAAUACGUGAAGUUGGCGAAAGCAGGAGGAAGAAAGAACCUUCUAUGCUAUCGAGAAAACGAAAGGAAGAACACGACACCAAAAGAGUAUCAGGUACCAGAAUGGUAUUACCAUGACGACGGUACAGACAAGGAAGUCGAACUAAGCGAGGAGGAGAAGUAUAAGAGGUACAAAGUAACGUAUGGAAAGCGAAGUUACAAGACGUUGAUAAAAUCGAAAGUGUACGAACGUCCGGAUUACAUGAUUCAUUUAGAGCCGGAAGAGUUACGACUCUCCUUAGGGGAGUCCGACCGGAUUCCAGAUCGUCCUAUAUUCGGGUACGAUAGCUUUUCGAUUUGGAAGCGGGACGAGGUGGAAAAAUCGGACAAGCUUCCUUCUUUGGUGGAAACGGACGAGGGAAAAGAAAAGGAUGACCACGGUUCGGCGAAGCUGGAAGCCCUGGUUAAGAGAAAGAAGAAGAAGAAGGUCAGGCUACCAGCGACUGUGAAAAACUCGCCGAUGUCCGGCCACAGAAAGCUUGCUAGCUCCGCCGGUUACGCAACCCGAUGGCACGAAAAGUGGUAUGUCGAGGCUGUGCGGAAAUCGUAAAUAAAAAAAAACUGUAUAGCAAGGAGUUAUUUAAUAUUCAAGCAAGUAGGUAGAAACUAAGGAGAGUUUCCACGGUGCAUUUAACAAACAGUUUAUGACCAACCUGGUCAAUGCACCAUUGUCUAUGGUAGAUCAUAUAUUUGCUUCAGGCAAUUUAGACUUUAGUGCUGGUUGCUAGUGGGAUACCUUCGUGCUGUCAAAGUUUUUUUCUCGUUGAGUUUUGUAUAUAGUUUUCUCAGAGUCAGUUUUUUGUUAUUAGUUUGUCUUUCUGUACGCGAACAAUCGCUACGUGAAGCACAGCAACAUACAGUCAUUGAAGCUUUAAAAGCUCCAGACUUUUAACAAGAAACGCAUAAAAGCUUAAAAAUACUGUUAAAUUGUUUAACACCGAGUGUUUGGAAUGCAUGUGGAUCUUCGAUUUAAAUCAUCUUUUUUUUACACUUAUUCUGAAUCCAAGAAUAUCUUGUAUACAUCGAUAUUUCCUUCGACUAAGCCUGGUGAAAUCGAAAGACAAACUGUAACAAUAAGGUAACCUCUAGGUAGUUCAGUUAAUCAGUGUUGUAAACAUGAAAAAAAAAGAGUAUGAUAUCAAAGUCAGCACAAUCUACUGGAGAUAUAAAUAUUAUUUUAUCUUCAGAUGAAUGUAACGUAGAAUGAUUUCAGUGGGAUAAAAUAUUAACAAUUUCAGUCGUGUGAUCAAAUGAUCCUCUCCAAUUCAAUACCGCCUCAUCCCCAGGGCCUUCUCCUCGACGAUUUUUUAAAUGGCGGCUCGUCAUGUAGUUCAUACAUAUUUCACGUCAGCUUUCGCAUGCUUGUAUUGAUGAAACCUUUCGUAAAGAAUUGCUGACUUUAAACGUGCGGCUCUAGGAACAUAUAGAACAAAAACGUGCCGUUUGUCGCCAUGGAGACAGACGGCAAUUAAGUGAGAUUGUGAUUCGAUCUCAACCGUGAAAAAUUUGGCCUAGUUUUGUAUACUUCUGCAUUCCCGGAGCUUUCGAGAGUUUUCGACUGUACACUGAAUACGUGAAACGACGGGCAAAUGAUAACAAGAAUUCAUAAACAAUGUUUGUUUGGUUUUCUAUCUUUAUGUAAGAAGUUUUAAAAGAUCCGCUUUGCAUUAGACGCAUAAUUUACAAUGAGUCUUAGCCAUGUCAAAAAUGCAGCUAAAAUUGGAUCUCUUAACCACAAGUCGCGUACAACAAUUCAGAGCAUUCUUCAGGUCAAAAUAUUAGUUGAAACACAAAAAACCUAGCGCGUUCUAGGCUGAGCCGUGGAAAAAGCAGGAACAAAACAUCCAUUAUUGCAAAAACGGGUUUCCCUGUAACAAUUUCAACCAACGCAAACUGACUCAGAAAAAUGGUGUAAAAUGAAAAGUAGAACAAGGCAAUUUGGCUAAAAUGAUUAUCACCAACAGUGAGUAAUAUCACACGCCAAGACGAAAUAUCGCGCGAGUGUUUUGAUGUUAGUUAUUGAAUGUUACUCAGCUCAAACUAAAGUUAAUUGUUUUUGUUUAAAGUAUUCUUAAUUAACCGAACUUAAAUUGAGGCGAAUGAAAAGGAGAAGGAGAAGGCAAUGCUUCGCCAUACAGAAUGGAACAAAAGAAAACACUCUCUGUGAUGAAAACAGCCAGGGGCAGGGUAAGAUAAAACGAGGAGCAGCUUGAAAUCUUGUAAAAGGUCGAUUAAUACACUGAAAUAUGCAAGCUAUUAUCAAAAUUUGUAAUUACCUGUAGGCUAAACAGUAAGAAUUCAAAAUAUUGCAUCAAAUAUAAGAAAUCAUGGACGCAAAGGGUUAAUUGUUAAUAUAGCGAGAAUGGAAAAGAUAGCCUCGAUUAGCGCACACCAUUCCUUUAAAACCGCUAGCUACUCGAGUCUUCAGAGCCGUUACUGCACGCUAGAGUAAAGAAGACAGUGUUUGCACUUUGUUCAAGAGACAAUCAUCGUGUCUUGCUUUGUUAUAAUUGCGCGCAAAAAUCG